CCUCGCAAUCGGUGCAUCGCUCCCCCUUCCGUUCCGCGCUCACCACUAAGGCCAAUACAAUCCUGAUCCAUCGGUGCGCGCAACCAAUAUUCGGGCGACACACACCCAACAAACACCCCGAAGUCUCCCUCGCCGCCAGCAUCCCACAAAGCGCCAAUUCGCGCUCGCGCAUGCGCUGCGACCGUCCAUCGGUGCCGUUCCCUUCGCCCUUCUGCCUUGCGACGACUAGUUACAACCUGCGAUGACCCAUUGGGUCUCAUAAGAUCCCACCAUGGACACCCGCCCGAAGCCACAGGCCUUCCUGUCCACCUACGCCCCGCGCAUCCGGAGCUACAACAACUCUCUGCUUACACCCGCCCUGGCCAGCGCCCCCGCCGGCCCGACCUCGAGAGUCACGAAGCGUGGAACGACCAUCAUCAACUACGCCGAAGAUGGCUACGACGACAUUGACGAGGACGAUGAUACCAGUCGUCGUCGCCCGACUGGCCUGCGAAGUUUGAGGAGGGAGGAGCUAUCCAACAUUCAGGACCUGUCGGACAAGGCUGCAAAGGACACCAACGAGCCCGUCGAAGUGCAGGGCAUCUGGCGAGACUGGUUUGGCAAGGGGCGCCAGGUCCGGAGUGACCAGCAGAACUCGGCCCAGGCCGACCUGCCCUUGACGCUGAUCCCCAUCCGUAUCGAGCUCGACAUUCCGGCCUUUGUGCCCCAGGUCCCCUUUCCCUCGGCCCCUCACACCGUCGACACGAGCCUGCCCCAGUACCGACCGCAAGAGAUGACGCCGCCCUACCGGCUCCGCGACACGUUCCUCUGGAACCUGCACGAAACCGUCAUCACCACCGAGCAGUUUGCGCAGACGUACGUCCAGGACCUCGACCUGCCGAACCGACACAACACCAUGCUCGAAAUCGCCAAACAGAUCCGCACACAGCUCGAGGAGUAUGCCGGUGUCGCCCUGCACCCGCUGUUCCACGCGCAGUCGCAGUCGCAGAACCCCGGCAACAACGACGCGACCAAGGCCAGCUCGGUGUUCAACCACGACGAUUCCCCUACGCCCGCUACCAGAGGCAUCAGCCGCUCCGAUACCCCCAUGCAGAACGGCGGUCUCGGUACGCCGUCCAGGAUCAGGGAUCUCACGUCGGCGCCAGGUGUCACUGCACACGCGAGCCCCGUACCGGUUGACACGGAUGAAUACGAUCAUGACGACGCCUACCGGUGCAUUGUCUCCCUCAGCAUCAACCUUUCAUCGACCCUGUACACGGACAAGUUUGAGUGGUCCCUGCUGCACCCACCAGGAAUGCCCGAGGCCUUUGCCAGCCAGACGUGUCAAGACCUUGGCCUGACCGGGGAAUGGGUCCCUGCCGUGACGCACGCCAUCUACGAAGCGGUUUUGCGUCUGAAGAAGGAAGCUUGCGAGGCUGGUGGCCUCGUAAUGGGCUGGAGCGGAGCCCGCGAGUUCCCCAACGAGGCCACCGCUGGGGCCGAUGCUGGGUGGCGGUACGACCCAGAAAACCUCGCCGACCCCUGGGAGCCCAAGGUUGAGUUUUUGAGCAAGGAAGAGAUGGAGAAGCGUGAAGGAGACAGGGAGCGACAGAUCCGCCGCCUGCGCCGCGAAACCGCUCGGUUCAGCUCCACUACCGGUCUUGUCGGCGGUGUGCCCUUCUCCGGGUUCGGCAACGUCGUCGAGGCGCCGGAAGAGGAACGCAUGGGCAGGGGCGAGCGGUCCAAGAAGAAGCGCCGCUUCCGCAGCCUGAGUCCUCUGGGCCGGUCUGGAACCCCUGGCGGACGUGGCACGCCAGACGUGGGAUCCGGAUAUGGUGCAGGGAGCGGUCUGACGGACCAGGAGCGCUUGUCCUGGAGAUGUUGGCACUGCGCCCUCUGGGGCUCGAGUGUGUGGGCGGUGAGACCUGGCCCAGCAGGGCCGAGGUCGCUGUGCCAGAAUUGCGGGUUGAUCUACGAGCGCGACGGCAAGCUCCCUCGCCAAACAAAGAACAUGCACCUUACCAUAAUCCGAACGGCAUAAGAGCAGAGCAGAGCAGCCAACCUGGCGCUCGCAUCUCUUUUAUCAUUAUUUGUGGAUGUCGACAACGCGUAAGAAGGAGGGCACCUUGCAGGUCCUACGCAUCAAAUGGUCUUGAGAGACUGUACAGUUUGGAGCCGAGUGCUUAGCGUGUACAUGCUGCGAAGGGGUGGCAGGUUCUGGGGGCAGGCGUUUACUUGGAGAUAAUCAGGCCUCGGGCCAAACAAGGGAGACAGGCAGGGCAGUCAAAGGAGUCCGGCCCAGAGCAGGGUUGCGCGCGAUAUUCCAGUUGCUUUUGGGGUAAUCCAGGGAAGCUGUCAAUAGGUAAUUUGCCUCUUGUGAGUAGGAGCCAUUGUAGACUAUGUGUAGAAGGACAUUAUACACAGGGACAAGUGUCUCAGAGAGAGCAAUAGGGUGAAGUGAUUAACAGUAAGGUGAUUAACACGGAC